AUGGCAUUUGCCUUUAUAAAUUUUACUUUUCGAUUGUCAAAUGCUGAAUCAGAUCAACAAAAAAUUAUUGCGAUAGUUGCAAUGUUAGCUGUCGAAGUUUUAUUAGCGCUAUUAGCUAGAAAGCUUUGGCUACGUGGUGAAAAAUUAGAUAUUCAAUUUUUUGAAAAAUACAGAUCUCCUAAACAAAAAUACAUUGAUGCUACUGAAAUCUAUGAAAUAUUAUCCAAAUGA